AUGGGUGCAGUCUCCGGAUUCCCUGUCCUCACUGUUUCCUCCUGCCCCUCUAUUAAAGCUCCUGCCUGCAUGGGGGUGGGCCUGGGGGGGGCAGGGGGGACCUCGUCAUGGGGCUGUGGUGGGACUGCAGCGUCCCCCUCGCUGCCAGCCUCUCCUGCGGCCCGCGCCACUCCGUCUGCGGUCUCUGCCGCUCCUGCAGCAGACUCCUCUGCCCAAGCUGUGGCCUCUACCGCCCCUGCUGGCCGUGCUAAAGCCCGGUCCCUAACUUCAGUCGCAACCCCGUCUGGUGCAGCGGUCGCCGCCCCAUCUGCCACCUCUUCGACCACUGCUGCCCUUUCUCCAACAGCCGCUGUUCCCUCUCCGUCAGCUCCUGAUACCGCCCCCACACUGGCAGCCCUCGCUGUACCUCCGCGCUCCCAUGCUGCCCUCCAACCCGUAGCCCUUGCCGGCCCCUUACAAGCCACCCCUGUUGCCCUCCUCUCCCCCCUCCCUUGCGGCGCCUUCGCUCUUGCCGUUGAGCCAACCGAGGCCCUAUCAGCGAAGUGUCGGCGUCUAAGGGAGGUGACACAGGACUUCUGGCGCUUCGCUGUAUGGUCGUCCUCCCCUCUCCCCGACCCCGGGGUCACCGGGGGUGGCCAGUGCGGCAACCAGAUCGGUGCGAAGUUCUGGGAGGUCAUCUGUGAGGAGCACGGCAUUGACCCUCUGGGUAACUACAAGGGAGACUCCGCGCUGCAGUUGGAGCGCGUUAAUGUGUACUACAACGAGGCUAGCGGCGGACGCUAUGUCCCUCGCGCCAUCCUCAUGGAUUUGGAGCCUGGUGUGAUGGACAGUGUCCGCUCUGGCCCUUACGGCAAGGUUUUCCGUCCUGACAACUUCGUUUUCGGCCAAUCCGGUGCUGGCAACAACUGGGCUAAGGGCCACUACACUGAGGGUGCGGAGUUGAUCGAUUCGGUCCUCGAUGUCGUCCGCAAGGAAGCCGAGAACUGCGAUUGCCUACAAGGCUUCCAAGUGUGCCACUCCCUCGGUGGUGGCACGGGAUCUGGAAUGGGUACCCUCCUCAUUUCCAAGAUCCGGGAAGAAUAUCCCGACCGCAUGAUGCUGACCUUCUCCGUGUUCCCGUCGCCGAAGGUGUCGGACACAGUCGUGGAGCCUUACAAUGCCACUCUCUCCGUGCACCAGCUCGUCGAGAACGCGGACGAGUGCAUGGUCCUGGACAAUGAGGCGCUCUAUGACAUCUGCUUCCGCACUCUGAAGCUCGCCAACCCAAGCUUCGGUGAUCUCAACCAUCUGAUCUCGGCUACCAUGAGCGGCGUGACCUGCUGCCUGCGCUUCCCUGGCCAGCUGAACUCCGACCUGCGCAAGCUCGCCGUCAAUCUCAUUCCCUUCCCUCGCCUGCACUUCUUCAUGGUCGGCUUCGCUCCCCUGACGUCCCGCGGCUCUCAGCAGUACCGCGCUCUGACCGUCCCUGAACUGACCCAGCAGAUGUGGGAUGCGAAGAACAUGAUGUGCGCCGCUGAUCCCAGACACGGCCGCUACCUGACCGCGUCCGCCAUGUUCCGCGGGAAAAUGAGCACCAAGGAGGUUGACGAGCAGAUGCUGAAUGUGCAGAACAAGAACUCGUCGUACUUCGUUGAAUGGAUUCCCAACAACGUGAAGUCAUCCGUGUGCGACAUUCCUCCCCGCGGGCUGAAGAUGGCGUCCACCUUCGUCGGUAACAGCACGAGCAUUCAGGAGAUGUUCAAGCGUGUCAGCGAGCAGUUCACUGCCAUGUUCCGGCGCAAGGCUUUCUUGCAUUGGUACACGGGCGAGGGCAUGGACGAGAUGGAGUUCACUGAGGCGGAGAGCAACAUGAACGACCUGGUGAGCGAGUACCAGCAGUACCAGGAGGCCUGCGCGGAGGACGACCAGGAGUACCUUGGCGAGGACGCGGAGCCAGCGAUGUAG